CAUGGAGACGGGCGGGUGCCGCAUGGGCGGCGCGGGGCCCGGCGCGAUCACGCUGGAGGAGCUGGACGGGCUGGAGGAGAGCCCCGACUCGGCGUACCACAGCCACGGCAGCUCCCUGGAGGAGGAGGCGGCCGAGCGCAUGGACGACGAGGAGCAGGAGCGCCUGCUGAGCUACUGGCAGAGCGUGGGCAGGGGGCACCAGGUGGACGUGCCCCGCGACAUGGCAGAGCCAAUCCAGCAGCUGACCAGGAACAACAACCCCCAGGAGCGACAGACCAUCCCCUUCACCCUGAUCCAGCGCAAGGAGAAGCUGGGAGAUCUGCUCUAUGAGAAAAGGCAGUAUGGGAAGGCCAAGUGGGCCUGCAUAAAAAUGAAGGAGAAACAGUACGAGCAGAGCAUCUGCCUGGGCUUCAUGAAGCUCAUGAGGUACAUCUGUGAGCAGAACUCCUCAGGGCUGUACCUGGGGAUCACCAUCCCCAUCGUGACCAUCGUGCACACCAACGAGUCCCAGUCGGCCAUGACACAGUCGGUGACCGUCGCCUACUACCUGCCCGAGGUGCUGCAGGACGAGCCGCCACACCCCUUCGACUCGGACAUCAUCAUCGAGGAGUGGCCUUCCACCAUCGUCUACAGCAGGAGCUUCAGAGGCAUCACCAAUGAAGACUCGAUCAUGAGAGAGAUCAGCGUGCUGGCAGCCAUCCUGGAGAGCCCUGAGCUGUGCCUGCAGGACACCUUCAUCAUCGCCGGCUACACCAACCCCGCCGCCGCCAACCGCCACAACGAGAUCUGGUUCCUGCAGCGGCCCUGAGGAGCCAGAUCUGCUGGUUGCUGCCUGCCCAGCCCUGCUCAGCCCCAGGCC